CAUGAUAUAAGCUAUCUUCCCAACCCCUUUUCAAUUCUAAUCACCCAGCAAGCAGCAACUCUAUCCAACUUCUCAAUUAUAUCUCCUUCUUUACCUCUCUACUUGGUAUAUAUUCACCGCAACUUGAACGGAAAAGAACGGAAAUGUGGCACCCGACGCGCAAAGCAAUCCACACCCCGCACGCGCCCGCGCCGCCCCCCUUCCUCUCCCAAGCCAUCCUCGCCAACGACAAGAUCGUCUACUGCUCCGGCCAAGUUGGCGUUAAUCCCGCGACAGGAGAGUUGAUCAAGGGCCCAAUCCAGGCGAGGACGAAACAAAUCCUCACCAACCUACAAUCCGUCCUCUCGGCCGCAGGCUCCAGCCUCGCCGACGUGGUCAAGGUCAACAUCUUCCUCACAGACAUGAACGAUUUUGCGGCGGUGAAUGAGGUUUAUAAGGCGGUUUUUGGGGCUGCGUGCGAAGGGGUUAUGCCGGCUCGCACAUGUGUGGCAGUGAAGUCGUUGCCGAUGGGGACGGAUGUGGAGAUUGAGUGCUCGGGGUUGGUGAGGGAGGGGCAUGGGAAGAGGGGAGCCAAAUUGUAGUCCUUGGCUUGUGUUACCUACUAAUACACUCUGAACGAACUCAUCAGAGGGAUGGUUUGACAGUGGCAUGCGGAGUUUGUACUAACUAUAUGCCCGG